AUGAACCAGAGAUUGAAAGAACUCGUUCAAAGAAAGAAGAUGGAGAAGAAGGAAUAUUCUUCAUCAAUUUAUAGUGGCUCCUUUUUUGGAACUUCGGAGCGACUUAUUGUUUCUCAAGGAGUGGUUCAAAAGAGGGAUUGCUACUCAGUUCGUCCUGGAUCAUUGCUCAGAAGGAUCCGGCAAUCCAGAGCAGAGAAAGAUGACGGAAAAGUUGAAGAUCUGGACGUUCACGACAAGGUGGAGUGUAUAAAAUACAGCCGGGAUUACUCCUUUUUAUUCUCCGACGAUGAUGCUCCGGCGGCGGCAGCUCCAAAAGUAGUCUCUCCCUCGCAUGUUCGGAUCGAUUCUCCGGAGAAAAAGGCGGUGACGACUAGGGUUCCUGUAGUUGUAUCGCAAAAGAAGGUCAGUGCACUCCCAGUACUUCCAAUGAGUUCGAAGCAAUCUUCAUCAACAAGGAAAGACGAUGUUAAUCGUCCCAUUAGAGAAAACAAACCAAAGGUGGCGGCGGCCGUAGUACACAAGGAAGUAAGCCGCCGGCCACCAACGGAAGUACGCCGUCCGAUGAAAAGGCCGAGGAGACAUGAUGAUGAGGAUGAGGAUGAAAAGGCGUUGAGGAUGCUGAGGGAGAUGACCGGAUACGACCCUCGGAAGUAUACAGAUAGAGGGGAUGAUAGGAACAUGGAGGCCAGCUUCCAUGAUAUUGAGAAGGAAGAAAGGAAAAGUUCCAAAUUAGGUCGGAAAGAAGAUGAAGAAGAGCUUCGCAAGAUUGCAGAAGAAGAAAGGAUGGAGCGGUUGCGGAAGGAAGCCAAGGAGAGGCGCAAAUUGAGAUAA